CUUCUGUUCUUGCUGACAUUUAGAUUUGGAGUGUUCUGUUAUUUCAUAAUUUGUAUUUAGCACUUAUGAUUUUAUUAGUUAUUGAGUUACUUUAUGACUUAUGAAAGCAGUGGGGUUAUGUAUUCGAUCUUAAUAUUUGUGAUUUAUCAUGAGUUGUUUUUCUUGUCUAUAUUUUCUGUAAUUUACGUUCAUAUCUAUAAAUGUAGUGUUUGGUGUAUGCAUAUCUCUUAUGAGUUACUCGAGUUUGACAACAUUGGUCCAAACAAAAGUGUAUAAUGUUGAGGUUAUCGAUGUUGCAUGCAGCAUCUGCCCCUGGUCUUUGUUUAAGCUAUCCCAGGAACAUUCGCCAUCCUUGUUAUUUGAAAACACCUUCUGUUAAAACAAGACAUUCUGUUCGCUGUUCGGUAUCCCAGACAAGUAAUGGUGCUAAAGUGGAAUAUACUCCUUGGCUCAUUGUUGGCUUGGGUAAUCCUGGAAACAAAUACCAUGGCACUAGGCACAACGUUGGAUUUGAAAUAAUUGAUAGCCUUUCUCGAGCAGAAGGGAUUAAGAUGAACACAAUACAGUCAAAGGCCUUGAUUGGAAUAGGUUCCAUCGGAGAAGUACCAAUUUUGUUGGCAAAGCCUCAGACGUACAUGAAUUUUAGUGGAGAGUCGGUUGGGCCACUUGCUGCAUAUUAUCAAGUACCCUUGCGUCAUAUUCUACUAGUUUAUGAUGAAACAAGCCUGCCAAAUGGUGUUUUAAAGCUUCAACCAAAAGGCGGACAUGGACAUCACAAUGGAUUGAAAAAUGUGAUGGGCCAUUUGGAUGGUUGCAGUGCUUUUCCUCGACUUGCAGUAGGAAUUGGAAAUCCUCCCGGAACUAUGGACUUGAGAGCAUUUCUUCUACAAAAAUUCAGUUCUGUGGAACGAAAGCAGAUUGAUGCUUCAUUGGAGCAAGGAGUUGUAGCUAUAAGAACAGUUGUGCUGAGAGGCUUUGACCAGCAUGUCAAUAGAUUCAAUUUAGGGCAAAAGUACAAGUACCAUAAAGUGUAAUUUCACUCAAAUGGAUAAGCCAAUUUUGGCUUAGAUGAAAUUGAUGUGUAUGUUAGCAGAUAGCAAUUAUACCUCAGAAACUUGUCAUGAGUCAUGAAUAGUGCAUUUUUUUUGUAAAGCACACCAGUGGUCAUAUUCUACUCUGGAAGAUGUUGCAUGGACCAAUCAAAGAAAAUGGAAAAUGGUAGGACAUGUGGAAGCAA